CUUCUUAAAAAGACGCAGCCGGGACACUGGAGCAGCUUGUUGUUAUUGUAGGGCAGUUAGUCGUUUCCAGGGGCAGCAGCGCUCCUCUGCUGCUGUAACAUUUUCCCAUUUCGCUCUGCCAACUCUUCAGACUGACACUUAGCUCCCCACGUAGCUCUAACAGGCCGCUAAACACGGCUAGCAACUCUUGGAGCACAGCUAGCAUCAGCUAGCGGGUCCCACAGCACAGCUAGCCUGCUAGUUGUUUAGCAGUUAUGGAGUGGCUGGGUAACGGAGCUUCACUCCACCCCGACGGAGACCCCAGCAGUGACCCGGCUCCAGCGACCGUUUACCCUCACCAACAGCCGCCAUCAUCGCAUGUUUGUGACUGUGCCAUGGCAUCUCUAUGUCAGAGCCAGCGGCGCUGCGUGAAGGCGUCCAUCUUCUCCAGUUGGAGGCUAGCGGAGGCGCAGGAUCAGUUGUGUUCACUAGGGGUCCACAGCUCUGAAUCGCUGGAGCAGGAACGUGCUCGGACUCUGGCCUGCCCCAGAGAACUCACACAUACCGAGGAGGAGUGGCGACGGAAAGAAAGCAUGCUGGGCGGUCAGGAACCCAGCCGUAGUCCUGUACUUGGAGCUGUCGGAAGUUGGGAUGUGUUUGAUAAGAGUAUCAUCAAUGUCCAAAACCAGCCCAUAGAAAUGGACCAGGACAAGUGCAAAACAUUUCUCCAAAAGUAUGAACAAGAGCUCAGGCAUUUUGGUAUGUUGCGGAGAUGGGACGAUAGUCAGCGGUUCCUUGCAGACAUGCCUCAGCUCAUCUGUGAGGAAACGGCCAACUAUCUAAUUCUGUGGUGCAUGAGACUACAGCAGGAAGGGAAAGAAGCGCUGAUGGAGCAGGUGGCGCACCAAGCUAUAGUUAUGCAGUUCAUCCUGGAGAUGGCUUCAAAUUCGAAGCAGGAUCCUCGAGGCUGUUUCAGACAGUUCUUCCAUAAAGCCAAAGAAGGACAAGACGUCUACUUAGAGGUCUUCUAUACAGAACUCAAUGCCUUCAAACAGAGAGUAAAAGAAUACACAGUCAAAUGUAGAAGCGAUGCAUCCACCAUUGAACAGCAGAAUAUCGGCACAAACUGCAGACUCGACCCCAAAGAAGCGACAGACUCUUUACCUCCAGUAAGUAUGGCGGAGUAUUCCAUGAAGCGUUGUUUAGAGGCUGGACUUUGGACAAGCACAGGGAGGUGGACAAAAGACGACAACACAGAGACAGACGACAUACGCAUGAUGGAAACAUCUUAAGGAACGUAGGAUCAGCACCUGCUUUUCUUCCAUCUCCAUCGUCUCCCCGUUAUAGGAACAACAUGAGUUGUAAGCCCUCUGAAAGCAGCAGAGCAGCCUGAAAAAUUGCAGAGCAGGAAUAAAUGGAGGCACGUUCAGUCUUUUACGCUGCAGUUUUCAAUGGAGAGCCAGCAGGAAACACAUUUCUCAGUGUUGCUGUUAGCAUGUGGCUGUGGUUGGGCCGCUGGCGAGGUGGUUCCUGCAGCGUCUUUUGCCAGCUAAAUGCACGUCGUGCCAUAAGCAUCGUUUUACAGAUGGGAAUUUUUACAUCCUUAAAUCUAGGUUUCAGUUUUUUUUUAUUUCUCAUGGAUCAGAGAAACAUCAUCGUUUAAAAAAAAAAAAAAAAAAAAAUGCAAAUUUUAUCCAGACAACAUAUGGAAUACUAAACCCAUACAGCCUGGUCAGGGGAAAUUUGAGACCUAUAAAGGAAUCAUGUUAAGUUUGAGAUGAGCAUCACUGACAGAUCAGUAGCUUGGUAUCUCGAGUUAUAAGUUUUAACUAAAGCUGAACAUUUUAAAUGUACAGUAUUGGAAACUGCUCUGGGGUAAAAUGUAAAGCUGUCUGAUUUACAGCUCCAGGAUACAGUAGGUGCUGUAAAAAGCAAGUGGUUCAUAUGCGAUUUUUAAAUCAAGGGUAAGAAACAUGCCUAUAACAAGGAACUUCUGAGCAUAUUUGCAAUGAAGUAAAUCAGAUCUGUUUGCCUCAGACUUGUCAUUGUCGUACCAUAUCAUUGAUAAAAACUGGGCAUUGUAUCACUUCAGUUUAAGCAACAUAAGCCUUCAGUUUUAUAAAAAUUGCUUCACUCCAAGCAAACUUGGUAACUUUAUGCUAAUUUGUAAAGAGCAGUUUGAGUAUGUGUAACUGAAUAAUGUCUGAAUCUCAACCUGUAUUUACCUGGAUUUCUGUUUUCCAGAAGUAAGAGUGGACUUAAAAGCUCUUUUCUGGUCACAUCCUCGCUGUUGCCUCUCAGGCCCAGAACUGAGCUGCUUGUAAAGGAGCUGCACACAACUUUACAGGUAUCUCAGGCUGAUAAUAGGAGAGCAUAAAUAAUACAAUGUGUGUGGAGGUCCAGAUGGAAAGGCAAUAACAGAUGUUGUUUGGUUUUUGUUAUACAACUUAUGGUAUCAUUACCUGAUUGUUGCUAUUCCUUGUCGUGAAGGAGAAGAGCAGCUUCUCUUUGUUCUUUUAAGCAUAACAACUUCACUAAAAUGAAUAGUUUAUGUGACAACACAGAUUUUAAACUGCAGAAUAGUCAUGGUUAUCAGCGUGGCCUUAUAUGUUUGAACACUUGGCUGUGUGACGGAGCACACUACAGCUUCAGGAGCGGAGCAGUUCAUGCAAUUUAAGCAUCUCUUAUCUGUUUUUCAAAAUGUAUUCCUUACUGUUGUCUGGAGAGGUUAAAAAACAGCAAAGUUUAUAAGCAAACAAACUUAAAAUGCCCUUUCCAUCUAUUAUUAACAUGCAUCUUUGGUAUUGAAGUUUUAUCUAGAUUGUUGAGACUAUAAUUUUGCAGGCAAAUUGGUAGAAAUUCAUGCAAUAUACAGCUCAUAAUGCCUACAAUGUGUUGUAAUACAAGAUCAGUUGGGAUGUUUGAUUGCAGAAAAUGACAAUAAGCAGUGUAUUCACUACAGUAAUUGUGCACUGGACAGUAUUGGCUUGUAUUUUUGUCACAAAAAUAGUUCAGCUUUUCAGGACAAUCGUCAGUUGUUUGUGAAUUUCAGUGGCUUGACACAAGGAAACAUGAAUAAUCAGUAAUAGUGCAUGCUUUUUAGUAUGCGAGACAAUAUAUUAACUGGCAAAGAACUCCGCUUUGAUGCAAAUAUGUCUUUUAAAGGGACAAAAACAGCUCAAUUUUAGCAUAUGGUGUAAAUGUCAAUAAACAAGAUCCAGUUACUGAGUGCAGGAGAGAUUAGUAACGUGAGACGGCACCACAUCUGUCCGUUUUUACUCAUCAGCUCAUUUUCCUCGGGUGAUAACUGUUCAUAACACACCGAAUUCUUUUUACAUGACUUUCUUGUAUUUAUUUUUUCUCUGGUUCUGUGAUUGUCUUUAUGUUCUUAUCACCCAAAACCACCAUUUUCCUUACACAAGUGCUCUGUGCAGGCUGUCGUAUGUGCUGUGUUUAGUUGAAGUUCUUGAAUCUGGGAUCUACACCUUUUUAUUAGGAGCUUAAAAAAAACAAAAAACACCAGAAUGGAGGAGAAGGAAAAAAGGGCUGAGCUCUCCAUAGAGACUUUUACAGUAUGUGUGUGUGCAGAAAGGAGCUCUCUGCAUCUGAAUGUGUCCUGCACUUUAUAUUUCUCUUUGUUUUAACAAAAAGAGGUGAAAGAGGGGAGAGUCUGAAGCACGUGACUUCAUUAUUCCUCUUCAUAGUGUAGUUUUUGUCACUUUUUUUGCUUUGUUCCCAGUCCUUCAGAGCUGAAUCUGGCAUUUUAAAAAAUUUUUAUUUUACAAGAAAUCCUCAGAAUAGCUUGUGAAAAGUGUGUGACAUUUUUGUUAUGAUUUACAUAUGUUAUGAUUUAUGUAUUUUGUUGUUUUUGCCUUUAUUUUUGUCUCUUGGGGGCUUUUACCAGAUUCAGUAGGCUUCCAGUUCCAUUUUUGAGGAUAUUCUUUAUUUAACAAGUCAACAAAAAGCACCAUAGAAUUCUCCCGUCUGUGUAAUUCGAACUACCAUACAAAACAUUAAAUAUAACACAUGAUUUAAAGCUGCUGUGUGAUUAUCAUCUUGCCAUCUGCUCUGCACAGUGCCUGUGUGGGGCAACUCAUACGUAAAAUGAAUCGUAAAUACUUUAAACAAACAUGUAUUGUCAGCAGUGAAGCUACAAAAUGUGCUGUAGUGGACUUUAAAUGUUUUCUUUUUCGACUUUUCCUCGUCCACAACGACUACUCGACUAUGCAAAAAUAAUUACGGGGCUUAAAUUGCUGUACUGAACCUGUGGCUGCUGUCUCUGCUGUCUCUGACGUUUAUCUGAAUUUGUGUGUUGAGACUUGGUGUAAGAAUUUCUGUCACUUAGCAACAAGCUGUUGGAAAAUUACACUUUACUUUCACAGUAGACUACAGUGAGGUCGGGCUUCUCUUGCUCCUCAAAUACUCAAAUACUAAACCAGAAAUGAAUAUUUGCCUUCUUGUCAAUUGCUGGGUCAAUAUAUAAUUGAAGUACUUUUGAAGUCCAUGGGAUAUAUCUUGCAUACAUUUUUAUUAAAACAGGGAAAAAAUAAUGUUUUUUAUGUUCAUUGCGAUCAUGUCUUUACAAAUUCUGUAAUUAUUUGUUAUGGAAACAAUCACUUAUUAAUAAAAAAAUGACUGGAUAUCACUAAAAUGUCAACUAAAUAACUGUCCCAGUUUAACAACAACCACCUUCUAAUUAGUUAAACAAUAAUAAAAUGAGCUGAUUCAGAAA